AUGGCUCUAGGUACCUUGCCCUCAAGCAGGAAUUGUGGUGGUCAUUGGGUCACUCGAUUGGCCCAGUCAUAUAAGCAGUGGAGGAUCCCUGAUGAUGACUUCGUGACUCCUAUUAGACAAAUGGAGCCAGAGCAUAUCCAUAAGCCUACCUUCGUGAGGCGUCAGAGACAUAGAUAUGUGAAGAUUGAUAGGGAGCCGACUUUAAAUGAUUUCAUGCAGCGUAUAGAUGUUCUUAAGGAGGGGCAUCGAUGGAGUAUGGCGUCGAUUUCUAGUAUAAUGGUGCAUCCGGGGAUGGAUCAUCCACCUUUUCUUCAGGUAGGUUCUGUUGUUUGUCGUGAUGUUGCAGGUCCUUCUCGCACACAACAGGGUGGUUAUGAUGAUAGUGAGGAGGAUACAUAG